AAAAAAACUUUGAAAAAUAAAAACAAAUGUCCUCAAAACAUUCGUUAAGUUCUUCCCCCACCCCUUCAACUGUCACUUGGCCCGGCUUUGGAAAAGUUAUUUUUCAACAGUGCACGUGAAUUAUCCUGCAAAAUCCAAUUUUAACACAGCCAUCGCCAUGUCUGACGAGUAUUUCUUUGGUAUUACUCUGGCCGCUAAUAAGAACACACACACAUGGGAUCCGUAUGGUAACCUGGAUGAUACGGAAUGUGUGGUGCCCAACAAGCUCCUCAUUAAGCAGAUUCUCCUGGAUGUGACAGCCAAAGAGGGUGAAUAUCAUGUUGUUGAGGUGACUGCUCCCACGUGCAUGGAUGAGGUGAAAAUCCCCAUAGCUGUGCUGAAAGUGGGCGAAAUGCGAUCAGUUAGCAUGGAACUUGAAUUCCCAGAUGCUCCAGUUGUGUUCAAGCUGGUUCAGGGAAGUAGUCCUGUGCACAUCUUGGGGCACCAUUUGAUUGGUGAAUCCAGCGAAGAGGAAGAAAUCUGGGAGGCUGAUUAUUCAACGGGCGAGGAGGAGGGUGAACAUGCCGAAGAUGAUGAUAAAGAGGGUGCAGCCAGGAAAAAGAAGAAGCUCGCAAAUAAUUUCAAUGCAAGCACAAAAGGUGUGCCGAAGAAAAAGAAGUAGAUUUACGGGGAUUCAGGUCUAAAACAAAAUAAUUAACUUCCAAAACUCACCUUUCUUUCUUUUUUCCCUUGACAACAUUUCUCUAUGAAGAUCCUCCUUUGAAUCUGUAUAAGAAAAUAAAAUACAAAAAAUAAAGAUUUAAUUUCAAUUGGAAUUAAUGCAA